UGACGAGUGGCACGCACGUGUUUCACUCUUUUUACUAUGGAGUCGGUGUUAAACUUCGUCCAGAUAAUUGAGCAGUAUCCUUGCCUUUACAACAACACUUUGCCCGACUAUUCAAGGAAGGAUAUCGUGGACAAGGCAUGGAACGAAGUUGCAGAGGCUAUGCAGUGGACUGUUCACUAUUGUCAAAGUAAAUGGAAAAAUAUAAGGAACGGAUUUGUACGCAGCCUAAAGCUAUGCGCAGACGGGUCAUCGAAGAAACAAAAGAAACUUUAUUACUUGCACAAUGAGCUGCAAUUCAUCCUACCAUAUAUUAAGACAAACAUUCACACAGAAGAAGCCGGGAAUAGUUCUCCACAAGAUGCUUCACGUGAAGAAGCGUAUUCUCCAUUCGAGGAAGAAUCUGUAAUAAUUCCUGAAGGCGUUUCUUCACCAGCUGCAGUGUUGAAUGCAUUUAAAAAGGCCAAAUAUAGAAAAAUUGAAACGGAAGUCGAUUGGUUGAAAGAGAGGGAAUUUAACAAAGACGAUACCCGAAAAAUGUUUCUAUUCAGUUUAUUAUCAGACGUUGAGACUCUUUCUGAUGAGCAAAUGCGGGAAUUUAGAAUUAAAGUGCUACUACUUCUAGAAGAGGUUCGAACGAGCCCGCCGCAGAAUAACCUCAGUCAACAUCAGCGGCAAUAUCAACAGUAUAGGAAUUCUCUACAGUAUCCCGUUGAAUCCACACUGUCAAUGCUAAAAACCGAGAUAUCAGACGAAACAGACAAUACGAAUUAGUGCUUAAACUUUUUACCCUUUUUUGUC